AAAAUCCUGCUGACAUCAUCCAGCAUGACAGGGCUCUUCGAGCAGCAGCAGCCCCGUCCCCCCCCCCUCGCGCUGCACUAAUGCACUGGCUCUCGAGGACCGCUACAGCGCAGCCUCCAGCCACAUCUUGGGGCUGGGGGGGGAGGAGGGGGGCAGGUCACAGAGCCCAUUCUGGGCUGCCGAGCGACCGACGCACUGUCCUCGCUGAUUAGCCGUGGGAUUCCUGCCUGGCCCGGAGAGCGAGAGCGCUGGCUGCAGCCGGAGACGCGCACGGGGCCUUCCCUCUGGAUGACAGAUCAUGCCUGGAGAAUCCGCCAAGGCUGAAGGGGCUCUGCUGCAGACGGACCCCGGUGGCCUGCGCCCGGCAGAGGCAGAUGGUUCUCGGAAUGCCUCCAGCACUUCCACCCCUAGUGGUGCCUCUUCACCCCUCUCCGCCCUGACUCCGCUGCAGGUCUCCCCGACAGCAGCCCCCGAUUGUACAAGCCCUGCUGCCAUGGACCCCACCCUCUGCAGCCCAGGAGCCCUGGCCUUCCUGCCAGCCAAGAAAGAGGACAGGCCCCAGCCAGAAGGAGCCAGCUGCGACACGGCUGUUGGAAGCUCCCCCGCUGGACUGGCUGCACUGAGCGAGUGUGGCCAGGUCCUGCUGGAAACUCCUCCCAAAGCUUGUGCAGCCCCCAAAGGCUUCCAGGAAGCACUGAGUGUGGAUAUGCUGGACACCAGGAUCGUGAUGGGGGAGGAGACCCAAUGCAGCCGUGACGAGACGGACGCAGGGGUGGAGCCGCACAGCUCUCUGCUGGACACCAAGGCUCCUGUGUCUGAGGCAGCCGGCGCUGAAAGCCUCGUGGCCGAUGCUGGAGAGAAGUCGAGUGAGGAGGAAAAUCAGAUCCUAGAGAGCAGCUCCGAGGCUGCUGGGAAACUCUCUGCCCAGGCCACACCAGGGGAAUCUCCCUGCCCGAAACCCAGAGACAACAGGCAAGUGUCUCUCUAUAGUCCUCCUUGUCCGCUACCUUGGGAGCCCGAAGAGCCGAGCGUGACGCUAAAGGAGAAGUUAUUUUCUCAGGGUGAAACCAUGGCUGAUGUGCCUUCCCCAUCUCCUGUACCUGCCAAAGACCCCCCUGAUGAGCUGGCCGAGGCAGGGCACUUGCAACCCCCACAGGUCAAACCAGUCCUGGAUCCAGACCUGUACUUCACAGCCCCGUCAACACCCAUCAAAACAGUCUACUCCCACCUCAAGCACCUCCCCUACACCAAGGACAGCCUGAGCGAGGAGCAGAGCGAUAUGGACAACGAAGGGCUGUGCUCCCCGCCCACCUCUCCAUCGGGAUCCUACAUCACCGCCGAGGGAGGCAGCUGGGCCUCCUCAGGCACCUCCAGCACAUCCCCGUCUUGUUCUCCCAACCUGAUCGCUGAGUCGGAGACCACAGACGCCCCAACUGCUUAUGGGGAAUCCCUGUCAGAGCUGGAGCUUUCUGAGGAGCCGGCUCGAUAUGCCAGGAGCUCCUGUCUGUCUCCUGAGCAGCUGGAGGAGGAGGAAGAUGACCUGUCUUUGGACAGACUCUCCUCUGGAAACACAGCUCUGCCUUCAGUGCCGGCAGAGGAGGAAGGGGAUGGUCAGACCACACCAGAAGAGUGGGACUCUGAAAUUGCUACCUCUGUUGCAUGGGUCCCUCACACCACAGAACUGGAGGAUCCAGGUGAGCUGCUGCCAGGUCAUGAGAAGGACCUGCCCCAGCCAGGAGGAGACUCUGGGGAUGAAACCGAGCCACUGCAAAGCACUGUGGCCAGGCAGCUCCUUAAGGUGGAUGUCUUCACCUCUAACCCAGCUGGUGCCAACCUGGGGCCCAUGGAUGCAGCAAAAGAGCCUCUGGAGUCCAGCCUGUUGUCCUUUUCCCCCAUCCCCUUGCCAGGCCUCCAGUCAGAGUCCAGCAGCGUGUCUGGGGCGAGCUGCUCAUCGGAUGCAGAGACACCCAGCAGCCUGCAGGCUGAGACCACCGGCUCCUCGGCAGAGCUCCCGUCAGACUUCACAGACAAUGACCAGAUGAUCCCUGCCACACUGCUGCCCUUUCAGGGGAGCCUGAUCUUUGAGGCCGAGUCACUGGAGAUAACACUCUUCCCCCAGGGGGAGUCCGUGGAGAACGAUGUCGUCUACGGGGCAGAGGAAGACGACAGCACCUCCGCCUCCUUCCUGCACUCUCUGUCGGAGAACUCCAUCAAUGAGGGCGUGGAUGAGUCCUUUGCCUACCAAGACGACACUUCCCAGUCCUCCGACUCUGCCUCCUACAAUGGCGAGGCAGAUGAGCGGCUGUACAGCACCGAGCAAUAUGCCGUGGUGACCCCCUCAGCUCAGGAAGGGGAGAAGCCAGCUGUGGAGGACUCUGAGCCUGGGGCCUCCCGCUCAGGCAGUGAGAGCGAGAUGGAGACGUCAUCAGAUGCCUCUGACACCGAUGAGGAAUACGCGGCUUUCUCGGCUCUGGACAUGGAGCUGGGCGCAGUCCCCCACACAGAGGUGGAGGUCGGGUUUGAGCCAGAGGGCAACGUGGAUCACCAGGAUGAGCUGGAGGGAACCAUGGAGGAGGAAGAAGGGGAGGCAGAAGAGCAGCAGCCACCAGCCCAAAGCGAGGGGAUGCCGAAAUCGGAGGCACUCGCCGAACCCAAGGCAGUGCCGGUGGAUGAACACAGCGACUCUGAAGACAGUCCAGGAAGCAGCAGUGUCUCGGCCGCAGGCCACAGCUGGAGCCCCUCUCUGAAACCAGACAGCACAACAUCAUCCGGGGAAUCUGCUCCACGAGCCGAAUCUGACCAGGCAGAUGACUCUCCGGGGAAUACUGGCUCCUCCUCGGAGAGCUCCCUAGAGCACCAGUCCUCACUGUCAGACAUGCAGGAGGCCCUGGAGAAAGGGCUCCCCAGUUCAGGAGAGUGCCUGAUUGCCUGCUUUGAUACAGACGAGGAGACUGAGGCCUUCCCUGGGCUGGAGGUAGUCUUGGAGAACACAGAGCCAAUAAGCCAGUCGGCUACUGCUGAAGUGUGUGGGGCACCAUGGAGAGGCGGGGAUGGAAGGGGAUCCGUGAUACCCUUGCCAUGGAAACAGAAGCCAGCUCCCACCGAGCUCGCUGAGCCUACUGCCAGGAAAGCCAGUGAUGCCUCUAUGUUUGAGAUAGGCACCAAGCUGAAGGAGUCUGAAGCACAUCUCCUGGAGCUCCUAGACCAGGACAGCCCUCCUCUGGGAGGGAGGAUGGAAGGUCACUUUGAGGCCCAACUGGGAGCCUCUGACACCAGCUUGGAACAGCCUGAAGUGGCCAGAGCUGACAGUGAGCCAGCAGGAGAGUGCUUGAUUGCCUGCUUCUCCUCCUCUGAGGAGGAUCUGGAGGAAGCCUCCUCUCUCGAUCAAGUCAAUAACAAUGAGGAACAAGGGGAGCUGUUCUUGGAAGCCAACCUGGAUUCCCUGCCACCUCUGGGACAAAAUGACAUGCAGCCAAACGUGCUCACGGAAACAGCCAGCCACAACGAGCCCAUGUUGGCUGUGGUGGCGGAUCAGCAACAGGAGCCCCCUCUCCCGCCUGGGGAUGCUGAGUCCCGGAGCCUGGACCUCCACGCAAUGCAGAAAGGCCUGCAGGAACUCCAGAGGAGGCUGGAUGGGAGCAGCCAGCUCUUCAGGCAGCAGGAGUGUGGGGAGCUGGACAUGAGCUCAGAGUCUGAGAUAGAGACCUAUGUGAAAAGGUACUUCAGCACAACAGAGUUCUCACUGCUCCCUCAGGCCAUAGCAGCUCCAGAGAGCACUGAACCAACCGGGGGGCAAGAAGCCCUAGGCAAGGAGCUGGCCCUGGCAAACAGCAGCAUCCCGGAGCCAGCCUGGCUAUGCUCAGGGACAGGAGAGACCAAAGACUCCAACUCAAGAGAACCUCAACUGGACAAGAGCACCCCUGCCUCUCCUGGCAGCUGGAUGCCAGCAGAAAUGAACAGCAGAACAGACCAGAAUCAAGAGGAGCUCGGGGCAAGCACAGAGAAGCGGCUCACCACUGAGGCUGCAGAAUCUGACUUGGAAUCCAAGUUUGGUGCCUCGCCUGUCACUGCGAUGGAAGAGACCCAGCCAAAGGCGGCUGCUCAGGCACUGGAGAGCCUGGGAGAACCUGUGGAAAUGGUAACUCCAACUCCCCAUUCAGGCACAGUCAACCAUGACUUGCAGACCAGAGCUGCUGAGGAAGCCACCGAUGCAUCUGUAUCAGGAAGUGAGGCAUACAGCCAAACAGAUUCUGUCUCGGCUCUGGUUUGCCCCCUAGGAGACCAACUUGAAAUGGUAUCUCCCACUGUAGCUGCUCCGGGCCAAACCCUGCCCAAACCAGGGGCUCAAGUGUUCCAGGCCCCACAUGUCUGCAGCUUGGAUCCAGAUGUGCCUGAGUUGAGGGACAGCAACAUGAAUCUACUGAAAACAGCUGGCUCAGAGUCUCCCUGGGAGCCUGAGUGUGGUGCUGAAGAGGAUCAAGACUGGUCUGUGUCAACAAGCUGCAGCGAGAAUGUCGUGCUCAAGGGGGGAAUGGAGAACACUGAUGCAGAAGAAACAACCAAGAAAACUGGAGACCAGCCCAGCCACAACAAGCUGCCUGGUGGGAAGGGGACCUCUAACCAAGAGGAGUGGGUGGAUAGCACCCAGCUUUCUCAGGAAGCAAAGGCUGCUGCAAAAGAUGAGCCAGCCACUCCGCAGCAGAGCGAGAGACUCGGCAACAUGCCGGAAGAGGAAGCACUUGGCUCUGAGGCUACAUCCGAAGAAGGGGUCUGCCUCAACGACGAGGAGAGGGAGGCCGAGGCUCAGCCCGAAGAGAGUUGGCCAGAAACUCCCCCGCCCAAAGGAGAGAGGGAGGUGGAGCUGGCAGAGAGUGUGGAGGCAACUUCCGAAGGCAGCUCUUCCGCAGUCAGCGAUGACCUGCCCAGUGGAGACUCGCUGGAAGGCAGACGAACACCAAGCUGUGCAGCAAUUGGUCUUGAUGACAAGACAACCACUGCAGACUCUACAUGGGAGGAACUCGACAAGGCCGCUUCCUCCAGAGGAUCCUCCCCAGAGCCACCGGACACUGCACAGUCCUUCAUGCACACGGAUUCCAGCUUCUUCAUGCUCUCUGAGGAGAGCACAGGAGAGAUCACCAGGCUGGUUGAGCCAAAAUCCUCUGGGGCACAGAGAGAACUGGAUGCUCCCGACCAAGCGGCGAGCCAGUUGACAGAGCAGCAAGAGGGUGACAUUCCAACGGAGCUGAAGGAAGCAGUCCUACAACCAGAAUAUCGCCACAUGGGCAUCUGCAGCAGAGACUCUCCAUCACUGCUUGUGCACAGCCCCUCAGGGGUCUCUUCAGCUGAGCACAGCCUGGCCCCAGAGUCCCCUGAGCACAGUCUGGCUCUGUGUUUGCACUAUUCCUCCCUGCAAGAAGCUCCACAUUCCACUCGCUCAGAGCGCACCAGACUAAGAGCCGACAUGCUGGUGCCUAGCAAUCAGCUGCUGCUCUUCAUUGCUUCUGAGGAGGAGAUCUACAUAGGCGAGCCUGCUGUUCCUGGCCAGCCCCCCGCAGAGGCUGGGGACAGCUGUCCCAGCGCAAGCCUGGAAGCGGAGGGUCCUGCUGAAUAUUCAGGGCCAACAAAAACAGGCCCUGACUCGAUGGAAUCCAAAGCCAUUGUUGCAGAGAGCCUGUCGGUCAGCCUUGAAUUGCUUGAGCCAUCUGGUGCCUUGGUGGAGAACCCUGCUGACCCACCAGCAGCAUCUCUCGAACGGCAGCAAAUCACCGCCAUGUUACAAGGCUCCUUCGGGAACCUCCAGGCCUCCCAGCUCAAAGUGGGGCCUCUUUGUCCUGCAAGCAGCCAGAUGGUGACAGAAGCACAAAGUGUCCUUGCCAGCCUCAAGGAGAGGGUCUUGGAGUGCCCCUCGGGAGAGGCCACCCCAGACUCCUUGGAGGCCAGCGAAGCACAAGAGGGGGUGGCCGAAGCUCGGCCUGAACCUGAAAUGCCCACUCUCGAACUCACCACUGCCACCACCUCUCCUCAGCCCAGUGAGGACCAGGGUGCUCAGCAGCCCUCUGAGGCAGAGAGCGCUUCAGAACAAGCGCAACUGGAGAGCAUCUGUGAGAUGCUGCUUGCCGCGGAGGUGAUGCCCAGCCCUGUACGACUCGCUUCCUCUGUGGGCAGCAGCGAGUCAGUGACCCCUGUGCUAGAGGAACAGGAGCUCUCAGCAGAGGAAGACUCCGGCCUGCAUAGUGAAGGGCCCUUGGAGGAAGAGGCAGUCCAGGCUUCCUCUGGAACUCAUGCCAAAGACCAGGACCAGAGGUCACUGAGCCUGGAGGAGCCUGCAGAGCUGGGGAUCUUGCCCAGGGAGGAAGAGCCCUGGGAGAGCCCCAGGGAGGCAGGUGUAGAUGUUGCCAUGCCAGAGGCCAGCCAAGCAGGACACCUGCAGAGUCCACAGCAUCCAGCAGACGAGGGUAAUCGGCAAAGCCAAAUCCCACUGGAAGAUACCGAAAGCAGCAGAGAGAAUGAGACACUUCCAACUACAGAAGCAACCAGUCCAUUGAUACUCAGUUCUUCUCCUUCUCCUGAGUCCUCAGCAGCUUCCCUGGCUAGUGAUUCCCAGCCUCCCAAGUCGUCUCCACCGGAGCCUUGCCCCAUCCCUCUGGCAGCUCCCCUCCAGCCAGGUUGGCCUGCCUCUCCUGAAGCAGCUGUGGAGGCUGCGCCUUCCCCUCCUCCUUGCUCUGACUUCAUAGAAGUGCCUCCUGCUUUAUCCUUCCCACCACCUUGCUCAGAGGAUCCUGUCCAAGGCCAAAAAGACACCUCAGGACUCCCCGCAUCUGAAGCGCUCUCCGUUGCCGAGGACGCUCAGGCUGAAGACCAGCCAUCUCUCCUGCUGGAUUCCAGGAAAUACUUAGAAGCUCUGGAGAGCUCCACAUCCCCAGUCCCAUGCAGAGACCCCUUCCCCAGCGGCCAAGAUUCCCGAGGGAGACCCCAGCUCCCGGGGAACAAAGAUGCCAGAGGGAGGGGUUCCGCAUCCGCAGAAGAGAGGCGAGCCCACCGCGGCUCCAUCCAGUCAGAGUCAAGCUCUUCCAGUGAGAGUGAGCUGCCCUACCACUGCCCAGAGAUUGAGAGCCUGCGGGAGGCAGCUGGCAUGACACUGCUGGAGGACAAGCUGCCAGUGGGGCAGAGAAGCUGUGAAGUUAACCAUAAAGGCUCUUGUAACGACUCGGAGAGCAACGACGAGUCUAUUCCGGAGCUGGAGGAGCCGGAUGUCUCAGAACCCCGGACAGCUCAGACUCAGGCGCAGCUAACGCACUCGCUGAGCACCGGGGAGGAAACCAUCAGCAAAGCCAAGCAGAGCCGGAGUGAGAAGAAAGCCAGAAAGGCCAUGUCCAAGCUGGGGCUGCGUCAGAUUCACGGCGUCACCAGGAUCACGAUCCGGAAGUCCAAGAACAUCCUGUUUGUGAUCACCAAGCCAGAUGUGUUCAAGAGCCCAGCUUCUGACAUCUACAUCGUGUUUGGAGAGGCCAAGAUCGAAGACCUGUCGCAGCAGGUGCACAAGGCGGCUGCGGAGAAGUUCAAGGUGCCGAUGGAGCACUCUCCUUUGAUCACGGAAACAGCCCCGGCCCUCACUAUCAAGGAGGAGAGUGAGGAAGAGGAGGAGGUUGAUGAGACCGGCCUGGAGGUGAGAGAUAUUGAGCUGGUGAUGGCCCAGGCCAACGUGUCGCGUCCCAAAGCCGUGCGGGCACUCAGGCACAACAACAAUGAUAUCGUCAACGCCAUCAUGGAGCUGACCAUGUAGCUGCUGGCCCGGAUGUGCAAACAGACCCACCCCUCUGUAUAGAUGCACAGUUACUCCUAUACAGUACAGCUGGUAUUAAAUACUCUCUAGAACUGCAAAUAUUCCUACUAGUCUGCAUCUCUAAUGCUGCUCAAUAAAAUGGCCUCAUGUAUUCACUUGAAACGCA